CUUGUUUAUGUGUGAGUCUGUUAGUGUGACUCCAUACUUCAAAAUGUUGGCGUGGAGAAUAUUCCUUUCUCUCAUUUUAAUACUACUAUACCUGUCUGCCACUACACAAGGCAUAAAGUGUUGGUUCUGUAACAGUAUGCUGGAUCCUUUCUGCAGUGACCCAUUUGAUAACUCUACAGCCAACCCCAAGGACUGUAGCCUUGCUGAGGAGCUGCCUCACCUGCGUGGGGUCCCGGCCACCAUGUGUCGCAAAAUAAGAAUGAAAGUUAAUGGUCAUUGGCGCUACAAGAGAGACUGUGCACGACUUGGCGAGUCUGGCGUUGGAGGAGACGCUCGCUACUGUAUAUAUCGGACAGGAACCUUCAACAUCCACAUGGAAUACUGCACCUGUAAUGAUAAAGAUGGCUGUAAUCCUGCUGCUGAUGCUCGGCCCAGCAUUCCUCUUGUGUUUACGGUAUCUACUGGGGUGUUGAUGUUUAUUGGAAGAUGGCUACUUCGGUAAUACAGUACUGGACAAUACAUACAAGAACCAUUCCUUCUUUUACACAAAACAGUACUUAGUUAUUUGAGGCUGUAACUUUGUGCCUAAAGAACAUGUUUGUAACUGAAAUGAAAUGAAAUUCAUGAAAAAUUGUAUUGAUGUAGCUAUUGAUAUUUUUUACAAAGUAUUCUUCACAUUCAUCUUAUGGCUUUAAGAAAAUUGAAUACACUACGUGAUAUAGACAUGUACUGCCAUGUAGAUUUAUGCAUUGAUAGUCAUUACUAUUUUUUUAUCCUACAUCUUAAAGUAUAAGUAUCGGCAACAUAAUUUUAAUUUUUAUGUUAAACUGUACUCAUACCUGUAUUCAUAACUAUCAUAAAUUUAGAUUUUAUGAUAGAACACAUAUGAUAGAACACAUACAGUAUACUGAAAAAAAGGUACAUUCAGAUGGAAUCAAUUACAAUGAUAGACAAAUAGCAUCAAACAUAGAUGUUAGCUGUCUCCCAAGGUGUUACCACUCCAGCUGGAGUAUUAGAGCCUACAAAUAUUCAGUACAACAAGAAAUAGCAAUACUGUACUGUGAUGGCAUACACAGACAAGGUGUUUGUUCUGCCAUUCCGUGUACAUCAGAAAGCAAUAUGUUUUGCAGUUUUUAAGUUAUAUGAAUCAGUUGAUUGCUGAAGGUCUCAUCCCUAUAAAUUAAGUUGAACAUUGAGGGUCCCUUUAAUACAAGUACAGUACUUGUACAUCCAGAUAUUUUUACAUUGUUGGCAGCAAAGGUUAGGAGAAGCCUUAAACUUAACUCACGAAAGUUCAUAUAAAGUACUGUACUGUAUUGUAAUUUGGAUUUUUGGUAGUACAGUAUUACUCUUAAAGAGUAAAGCAGGUAAAAGUGUACAUUUGUUUGCAACUUGUUAAGAGUGUAUUUGAUUGGUUCAAGAGGUUAAGAAGUGUCACUAUGCUCAUUCUAAUUCACAGACUUUUUUUUUACGGGGAUUAGCCCACCUAGGCAUACGUCAGGGUCUGGGGGGGAGGGGAACGAAAAAGAAAAUGAAUCAUAAAUAAAUACAGAAAUGGAAAAAAUAAAACAAAUCAAAAGUGAAAAACGAUAUUUACGGUACUGUAUGUUGUGUUGUCAAAGUAAGAGAAACAAUUGAGACCCUGCAAUUGUGUGUAAAUGAGGCAGAAAGUCAGUCAGAUCAGCACCCUGGGACUUGUUCACAUUUGUGAUGCCAUGUGGCAGCAGGGUCUACCAUAAGACAACACAUUAUGCUUCCAAUUUCUUCCCAGGCGGUAGUGCAGUACUGUACUUCCCUGUUUGAUAGCUGCCUACUACCUGAUAAGACUAGCAUACCCCUGUACUGUUAUAUGGCAUCUAGUACAGUAUUAAAAUAUGUUACCGACAAAUGUCGUGGUUGAGUGUUCUUAAUUAAUUCUGACAUACAUUAAUAAAACCCAGUCAACAAGCACCAAUUUACCCUCACUUGAUGUCAAGAGUGUGUAAAUGACUGCCAGCAAUAUAUAUGAGAAAUACUGGUGUAAUUUUAUAGCUUCAUGACUCAUUUAUAUUAACCAGUCCCCAAGGUGUUAUACCAAGGAUAAUGUAAAGGUUCUGUAAUAUUCUGAAGAUCAAGACACCUCUGAAAUGAUCUCAUUGGAGAAGUCUCUUGUGAUGCACUAAAAUUUUAAUUUAUAUAUAUAUAUAUAUAUAUAUUAAUACUGUACUGUAUACGGUUAUAUAAAAUCUAACUGGAAGUCUUCAACUGCUGCUUCUAAUGUUACAAAAGUUUUGAAGUUUGUUGAUCAAGAAUUUUGCCAGGAAUGUUUAAAACAAUUAAGACAGGCAUGGUGAAGGUAAAGCUGAAACCAUUUUUGGUGGUUCCUGACUAAAUUUUGUGGGAGUAACUCUACAUGCAGACAAAGUCAUGAAGGAAGUAAGGCAUAAAAUAUAUAGUUGAAUAAUAAACCAAGGUAAUUGCUUUUUUGCAGAAGAAGUUUUGAAAUACUGUACUCUGUUUAUCAGCACAGGUAAUCCUCACUUAAAUGUUUGAGAUGUUGCUCUAGUGUUUGCACAUUGUAUUUCUUUAAUAAAUAUAUAAACUGA